AAGAUACAAAGACAAUGAGUGGUUGUCAACUGCAAAAUGCUUCCCCUGCCUUGACCUUACAAGCAUCACAAAAAAACGAAGGUUCAGUGACUGUGGAAACCGGUAUAGAAUCAAAGCCAAAGAAGAAAAUCUGCUGUGCUUGCCCGGACACUAAGAGGUUGCGUGAUGAAUGCAUAGUACAGCAUGGUGAAGCAGCUUGUGCAAAAUGGAUUGAGGCUCAUCGACUCUGCCUCCGUGCUGAGGGAUUCAAUGUUUGAGGUUGAUAGUAAGGAAAGGAGAAAAAGACAUUAGCAGAUUAAGUCAGUUUAUUUUAUGAAAUUGAUAUAGAUUUUGGGUUGCAGUUUACAGGUAGACAGAUGAAAUUUUGAAUAAAAGUAGGAAAAUUGAAUUCUACAUGCAAUUCAUAAUUUAUUACUUUUUAACUUUUUCAACCGGCAGGUUCUACCGUGUUAGUUUUGUUGAGACUGAAAUAUUUAAAUGAAAUUUUACAAAUUUUAAUAUUCUCA